CCUUAUCGCCAUCUAGACGGAGAAGUGGGAGUGAGAGUCUCGGCGAUGUCUGUCUACCAACCCACUCAGGGGCAACAUGGCGAGGAGAAAAGCGGCCGCAGCUGUCUCCUUCAAGUUCAUUGGAUAGGGAUCAGGCUUCCUCUUUAUUAUUUCAGCAAGGCAGAAAAGGAUUCUGGUUGCUCAUUGGAGAAGAUUGAGGCUCAGUCCACAUUCCUUGAUAGGCUUCUUAAAGAGUGGGAGGAUCGCAAGGUUAGAGGGCUGUUCCAUCAUGAUGUCAAUGCCUAUGAAACCAAGAUACUUUCAGGAGAUUAUGGUUUUAUUUUACAGUUAAUUGAAGGGCGUGACCUCAAGAAAAGACCAACUGAGUUCAGAAUCGAUAGAGUUCUGCAACCCUUUGAUGGGAAAAAGUUUAACUUCACAAAAAUUGCUCAAGAGGAAAUGCUAAUUAGAUUUGAAGAGAGUGAGAAUGACGACAGGGGUUUUUUUGAAAAUACUCCAAUCGCAGAUUCGGAAUCCCCUAAUGUUGUUGCCAUCAAUGUCAGCCCAAUAGAUUAUGGUCAUGUACUCCUGAUUCCUCGCAUAUUGGACUGCUUACCUCAAAGGCUUGAUGAACAGAGCUUCUCACUUGCUGUGUACGUGGCAAGAGAGGCUGAAACUCCCCACUUUAGAGUGGCUUAUAACAGUCUUGGUGCCUUUGCGACCAUUAACCACCUCCACUUUCAGGCUUUCUACCUGGUGGGAGCGUUCCCAGUUGAAAAGGCUCCUACUCAAAGAAUUAUGACUCUGGCAAGUGGGGUAGAGAUCUUUCAACUCUCACAUUAUCCUGUAAGAGGUCUUGUUUUUGGAGGUGGAAGCAACCUGGAGGAUCUAUCAAUUGCUGUCUCUAUAGCCUGCAUUUUCCUACAGGAUAAUGACAUCCCCUACAAUGUCAUCAUAUCUGAUGCUGGCAAACGAAUAUUCCUCCUACUGCAGUGUUACGCUGAGAAACGAACUCGUGGAGAAGUGAACCAGGAGUUUCUUGAAAUGCAAAUUAAUCCAGCAGCAUGGGAACUCGGUGGCUACAUGGUGGUGAAACGAAGGAAGGAUUACCAGGAAACAUCUGAAGAUACACUAUGGAGGUUCCUGGACGAGGUGGCAUCCGUUUCUGCGGAGCAGUUCAAAGAGAUCAAGGAGUGCAUCUUGAGCACCCUUUCUGAUAAAAUUGUUGAGAGAAACAUGGGAAGGGAAGACUAUCAUAAAUGCUGACUCCAGCAUGAUCAUUCCAGGUUAGAAAGGAAGCAGUUUCUCCU